AUGAAUUUUCUAUCAUCCAGUUCUAGCACUUCAUCAGUAGGGUCAAAAAUCAAAGUUGCAUCAGAAGAACGAUCUUUUGAGAAAGAUUUGCUAGAAUUAGAUUUUAGAGCAAAUUCUUCGACUCGUUUGACAUAUUUUCGAGUUGCUUUGGUUGGUGAAGUUGGUUCAGAGAAAAAUAAUGUUCGUCGAGCUUAUGUUCAAUUAAUGUCAAAUCGGAAUAAUCAAAUUAAAGCCGAGAAAGCAACGGUUUAUGAUUAA